GUUUCUAAAGCUCUUCCUUUUGCCUUCAUUUAUUUUGAAUUUUGCUUACUGCAACUCCAAUCGUCGCCUUUCCCGUCGUUCUACCGUUUAUCUUCUCCGAUGGCUUUUGCAUUCCGUGCUACAACGACUCUGAUUUUUGUUCAUUUUCCCGGUGGUCCCAUCGCUUUUUUGAGUUCUACUUCGGGUGAGCUUUGUUUUUGCUAACGGCUCUUUCCUUGGGUUUCGGUAAGCCAUUACUCUCUAGCAUUGACUUCUUUAUUUUCAAUGUUCAUUUAGUUGUCAUUGGGAUUGUCUCUAAGUUUGGGGCUUUUUUGGGUAUAAUAUGGACGUUGCAGUGUGUAGAACAUAGGGUUUUGGUGCUUUUCUAGGGAGGGGAGUCGCCGCUAGUGGUAGAACUGAUGGCAUUUAUUAAGACUAGGGUUUUUUGUCCGUAUUUCGUUUUUGUUGGCUUGUUGACUUGAGGUCUUUGUGUGGCAUGGUUAGGGAAAACCUUGGUUAGGGCUUGCCCUGCAGGUUGGGCCAAGCGCUCCGUCCAAAUACGGGUUCAGGCCUAUAUAGGCUGACCAUUGCACAUCUGAGGUACUACCUAUCGACAGAAGGGUAGGAUGAGUGCUUUCUAAUAUCUGGUCGUUGUAUCAUGCAGAUCUUAUUCGGCCCACUACUUCAACAUGUUAGCACAAGGGGGUGUUGCUUUUACCAGUGCAGCUGGUAAGGGCAAGAAAGAUGGUUGGACAAGAAAAGGUGUCGACCGUACCUAUCUAGAAAAGCCUAUCGAACUCCAUUCUGAAUGGGAGUUUAGGGAGCAAUUCCGCAUUCCGAAUGACAUAUCCAUACGCUUGAUGAACAGUGGCCCUGUGCCUACCGAGAAAGAGUCCCAUAACGUCGUCGUCUUCAGUAAGGAGCAAUUCAAUGUCAGGCUCCACUUCCCUCUUCUUUCACUCUUCAGGCAAUUUCUUCACUUCACGAAGUUCCCCCCAGUCUUCCUUCAUCUGAACGCGAUCAGAGUACUAAUGGGAAGUAGCAUUUUGGAUGUGCUAUUCCACUUGGACCUUUCCCUGUUAAAGGUCAUUUUUAUUUAUAAUGUCAAGAUGAGUGAGAAAGGGAUAUUCAUCCUGUCCGCUCAUAUCCUUUCCCUUCAGUUGGUGAUGGGGCUUCCGAAUUCUACCAAGGACGCUACUAAAGGGCAUGUCAUUGUUUCGGGCCCCUGGGCUGGCUUACUCGAGCAUCCGAGCCGAGAGUUCAAACCCUGUCAUUCGUUGGAGAUUCCGGAAAAGAAUAAGAGAAUUCGGCUCGUAGAGUGGGUGGAAAAAGCUUUCUUUGACUGGCUUAACAAGUUAUUUGUGAUUUCUGCCAGCGAGUGGCAUUAUCAGACCAUGCUGACUGAUCGGAACUUGUUAGCAGUGGUCCAAGAGUCACAGUCGUACGUUCUCCCCAUCCUUCCCCGUCUUACGCCCAAAGUUUUGGUGCCCGGUGAACAUCACAUAUUGAAGGAUCUUCCUUUCUACGAGGAGGUACGAGUAGCAGACACAAAGGCACGACAAGACUGACUUGAUCAAAGAGAGAAGAAACAUUAGGAAGGGAUGUUGAGACAAGCUCUAGGUGUAAGCCGUACUGCCACCAACUCUACUGCCCAUCUCCCUGCCAAGAGGAAGCCCGUCCUUCAGCCUACUAGGAAAGUGUUGAAUCUAUCUCCAUCUAUUUCUUCUCUUAAGCUUUCUUCUGCGGCCAACACCAACUAGGAUUCAACCAGAUUGCCCUCCAUAGGGGCCAAUCCAAAUCAGGAGCUUGAGUUUGUGGUGCCUUGUAUUAUCCUUGAGCCAAAAGAAGAAGAAAUGGCACCGAACUUGACGGUUGGUUUUAAGGAGAGACAAUGUAAAUGCCUCUCUGAGUGACUUCUAACUGCCCAUCCGCCUACUAAGAGGACUUGCCUAGAGGACCCUCACAAGGUGUCGGUCUUGAAUGCUUCUCUGGCGCCAAUGCCUCCAUCUGAUGUCGCUGGAUCCGGUCAAGCGUUGGUUAUGAGUUCUUCUGCUGAGAAGGACGCAUGUCCGGUGCAAGAAAUGACCUCCAUUAGUCAGACUCUAGGUGAUGAUCAUAAUGACAAAGAUGGCCCGGUCAACUCUCACACUCCUAGUUGGGAUGAGAUAGUGGAAUUGUUGAAGCAGGUUCCUUACUUCACUAAGCUUGAGCCUCCUUCAACUGAUAUGAAUGACUUCUUUCCACUCACCAAUCGGUUCUUCAUGAAGAUGGCUGGUGACCUCUCCAUUAUUGUCGCACCUCGUCUUCCACGCGGUACUCCAGAAUUCGUCAUUUCUCGCAUUCAGCCAAUGAUGGAGUACACCGCUGUUGAGACGAUUGAAGUGGUGGUGACAUGUGUCUGCAACUUGAUGCAGAAAUGAGCCUUACUUUUCAAGUGGUUGGAGGUCGUGGAGACCAUGAGGGUAUUUUUACUCGGCGGCUAGACGAGAAUGAAGAACUCCGCACCCAGCUCGAACGAGCAGAAAGUGACCUGGUUGUCGCUCAGAAGGCUAUUGUUGACGAGGCCAUGUUGCAAAAGAAUGUAGAAGAGGAAAGAGAGGUGGCAAAAGUCGAGGCAUGUCUGGUGAAAGAUGAGAGGGAAGUUGCAGAGGCUAAGUGCAAGAAUGUUUAGCAUAGGAAAGAUUUACUGAAGAAAGAGCUAGAUGAGCUCCAAGUGGAUUCCGCUACUUAGAGGAAUAAGCUAGAGGAGCUCCAGGCGGGGUUUGCUGCUGAUAAGAAGGAGCUGGAGAAUGAGUAUCAAAAGUAAGUUGACAAUAUGUUCUUUUUUGGCUACCAAUGUUGUAUGAGGAAGAACAGCAUCACCCAAGAUAUUCCUAACUACCCCUCUGAUAAAGGGAAUGCAGCAGUCAGUGGCCUUGCCCAAGGAGAUAAAGAUUCGGAUGCAGUUUGGCCCUCUGGUGGGCAGUAAUUGUUUGCUUGCAUUUUUUCCUUUUUCCUUUUUCCUUUUUCCUAUUGCCUUGUCCGAACUUGAUUUGGUAAUGAACAUCUUUGGUUAUCAAUGACUACUUGUUUAUUUUUAA